AUGGUCAUGGCCAAAAAAACAAUCCUCAUCACAGGCUGCAGCAGCGCAGCCGGCGCCGGCGCCGCACUAGCCAGGGAAUUCCACCAACGUGGCCACCGCGUCUACGCCACGGCCCGCGGCGACAAUGCAAAGGCAAAGCUGCGCUUCCUGACGGACCUCGGUAUCGGGGUUUUGGAGUUGGACGUCACGUCGCCGGAUUCGAUUGCGGCUGCUGUGGGUGUUGUGCGGGAGGCUACUUGCUGUGGUGGUGAAAGUAAAAGUGACGGCCACCUCGAUAUCCUCAUCAACAACGCCUCCCUCUUCACCCUGUCACCCCUCUCCGACGUGCAGCUCGCGUCCGCGCGCGAGGUUUUUGAUACCAAUGUCGUUGGUGUUUUGGCUGUCACGCAGGCUUUUCUGCCGCUGCUGAUGCCCAACCAUUACCACCGCACCCCCAGCACCAAGAAUACCGGCACCCCAAACUCCAGAGGACAACAAGAACUUUACGGCGGCGGCCUGGUGGUCAAUAUCGCCAGCAUAGCUGCCUUCAUGUGUCCACCUUGGCACGGCGUCUAUGCCGCUAGCAAGGCGGCGCUCGUCGCGCUGGGGCAUACUAUGAGGCUGGAGUUCGCGCCGCUGGGGGUUCGGGUUGUUACUGUUGUUGCGGGCGGGGUGGGGGUUGCUGAGGGGACGACGACGACACAUCCAGAGACUACAACAACACAGUCACCCAGUCGUGGCCUUACCGCCAUAUUACCAACAGAUAGCUACUACCAGUCCCUAACCCGCGAGACCGACGGCAACACACCACCACUAUCAAAUAAACAAAACUACGCGCCGAUGCCAGUGGAUUUGUUCGCAAAGCAAGUAGCAGACGAUAUACUGAAAGCCAGCACCGGUAUCAAAGCGCCACGGCCGCUGGUCUGGAGGGGCGCGUUUGCGUGGUGGGCUUGGGUGUGCACUUGGUUCGGGUGGGUGGGUAUGCUGGAUGGGGGGACAGAUCCGGAGGAGUGGGUUGGAUAG